CCAAUUUAGGACUCGGGUGCUUUGUUGUGCUUCAUUACGACAAGGCAUCACAUAAGCUUUGUGUAUUCCCACAGACCAGGCUGGCACCUCUUAAUUCCUUCCUGCACAGCAGCAACUUAUCCUCAGGUAACCCAUGUAGGACCAGUGUAUUUCCUCCUCCAACUGCUCUUUGGUCACUCAGCAGUAUUACUGAUUAUUCAUGGCUACAUUAGUGUAAUGCCCAGCACUGGGGAGGAAAGUCUGUGCUGGUCUUUAUUUGUAACCUUUUACUCACCUUCAGCUUCUUGUUUCAAAACAUACCGACUCCAACUGCUAAGAGAGCCAAGUCCAAGGCACCAUUAUUAGUAAUGCUUUGACGCAGAAAUUAGUAAAAGAAAGGGCUGAAAGGUAAUGGGAGCAGCUCAAUCAAUUGAACAAAAGCCAUGAUGUGAUUAGCUAUGUAGAGUAAAUAAGUUCUUUGCAAGGAGCAGGAAGCCAGCUUCACCCAUCCCAAAAGGAGUGUCUUGAGAUCUGAAUGGCAGACUGAGGACAAAGUGCACCCUUGUGGAAGGAGGAAGUUUUGUCUGGUUAUAUAGUGUCUAUUUUGGACAGGUACCCUAAAAAAUCCCCUGUAUCUUUGUGCCCUUUGUACGAGCAGUUCUGCCAUACUUCAAGCACAGGAAAACAGAAAGGCAGUGCGUUCUGCAUGUCUGCAUCCCUGCUGGGAGCAAUGCAUGGGACAGCCCCAGCCCUAUGGUAAUCUUUGGGAGGUUGGGAAGGAGAAAGUUCCCUUCUGCUGCGCUCUGCAGUGAGGGCAGGAGAGGGCUGGGGUGAGAGCAGGGAGUGACAGAGGGGUAGGAGCCCCCUCUAGUGGAACCCGAACUUUUACUCGGGUUCUUCAUCCCCAGAGUCAUGGAAAGCCUUUCAAAAGUCAGCUUUUAUGAGUGUAGCAACAGGGCAGGGAGAAAUGGCUCUGACUAGAACAGGGUAGAUUUAGACAGGAUAUUAGUUAGAAAUUCUCCAUGAUGAGGGCAAUGAGGGUCUGGCAAUGCUGCCCGGAGAGGCUGUGGGUGCCCCAUCCCUGAGGUGCCCAAGGCCAUGGAUGGAGCUGUGGGCAACCUGGUCUGGUGGGAGGUGUCCCUGUCCAUUGCAGAGGGUCGGAAUUAGGAGAUCUUUAAGGUCCCUUCCAAUCCAAAUCAUUUUAUGAUGUCUGGUUCCUCUGUUUAUUCCCUCAGUACAUUGGGCUGCUUGCAGAAGUUUGAACUUCAGUAAUACAUUGAAAAGUUCUUAGGAAGGUCCUGAAGGUAAAACUAGCACAGGUUUGUGUAUGUAACUGAGCAGCAGGUCUCCAACUGGGCUGGUGCAGAGCAGCCACCCCUUGCUGUCAAUGACGUUAUAUGAAGACAUGUUGAGCCUCCACACUUCCUGAGAAGGGUUUUUCUUAUCACACGUGCUCUGGGCUGCCUGCAGGUUUCACUGGAAACGCCAGCUGCAGUGAUGCCAAUCUGAUCGGGAACAAGAGAGAAGAGCAAGAGAAGGAGGAGCACAAGGAUGAGGUGUGAGAUGCCCCUCCUGGGCCUCCUGCUGUGUGUGGCUGGUGCAGAAGCUCAGGAGGUCGAAGAUGAAUUCAUAGUGGAGAUUUCUGGAACCACAGUGACAAUCACAUGUCCCGUCUCUGGAGACGAAAUACAAUGGACGCCAACUGGGAAAAAAAAAAAUGACAAUAAGUACAUUAUAGAGAAUCAUGACAGCUCUCCUCUCAAUGUGACUUGUCAAGGAAAUGAUAAUAAGCAGCGUGCAAUGUAUCUGAAUGCCAAAGUGUGCACAAACUGUGAGGAGCUGGAUACCUUGACUGUGAUAGGGAUCAUCAUUGCAGAUCUUCUCAUCACCUUGGGGGUACUGAUUUUGGUCCAUUACUUCAGCAAAAACAAGAAGGGGCAAUCUAGAGCUGCUGCUGGCAGUCGGCCACGAGCUCAGAAGAUGCAGCGUCCUCCCCCUGUUCCAAACCCAGACUACGAGCCCAUCAGGAAAGGCCAACGAGAAGUGUAUGCAGGCCUGGAACACAGGGGCUUCUGAAAUUCCCCCAGAUAGCAGGCUGGGUGGAAAACAGAAGCAGAAGAACUGAGUGCUUCUGGCUAGCUUGCUGCUGGCUCUCUGCAGACCCACUGAGGCUCAGGUGCUUUGGGGUCAGCCAAGCAGGUAAACAGGACAGGCGUCCUGCUGCCCUAUGCUGUGCCACUCUGCGGUGUUCCUUCAGUCGACAAUAGGGCUAAGAAAUCUUCAAGCCCAUUGACAGAGAAGUUUUCCUUCUCACUCAAGGCCUGGAGCCUCACCCAUGGUUGCUAACCUCCUAACCUCUCUCUCUGCUUCAGUUUCACGCUCUGACUUUCCCUCCAAUUUCAUUUUCUGGCACAAGUGCCUGCACAAGUGCACUGCUAAUUUUGCCCCCUGGGCAGCUGGUGCAUGAAAUGAGGGUCCUUCUCAGAGGGAUUUGCUUCUGAUGUUGUCCUGCUCUCCCAAGUCACCCAAAAACCUAUUAGGAGAUUUAAGUGGUUGGCUGAGUGUGAGCUCUGCUUGGGUUCUAUUAGAAAGAUGUCAGGCUACUUUGCUAAAUGUCUGUUUCAGCUUUUUAUAUGUAUAUAUAUACAUUUCCAAAUUGUAAUAUAUUAAUAAAAUGAGAGCCAGCAUCCCCAGAUAUGCAGC